AGAGUAUUUGUGAGAUUCAAGUGAAUCAAGCGUGGCAGAAUAAGAUUCCAUAAACUAUGGAGUGCUUGUCUAGUUUAUUUUCUACUCCUCUUACUUCUAUUCUCCUGUUUCUUGACCCUCAGAUCUGAUUUUUGAUCUUAAUUAAAAUGUGAACCCUUAAACAAGAGUGCGCGCGCGUGUAAUUACAUGAUAUUUGAUGAAUCCAAAUACACUCAAAAGUACUUCUCUGAGUAUGAAUUGGGACAUAUCUUUAGAGAUACGUGAGAUUCCGGAUUUCGUGCAUAUAGCGAUUUAAAUAUUUAGAGGUUUCUCUCCUAAAUGAUGUUACUUCAAUUUUGGCUUCACGUAUGGACGUGGAUGUAUCGUACAUGGUGGAGGCCAGUCGUACAACAGCUUUAAGCCAGCCGCAGUCACAGAAAGGGCGAACAUUCAAAAGAAGACGAUGUACGUUCGUGCCUGCAAUCAUGUCAACAAAGGAGACAUGAAAUGAAAUUCUGAUUCAAUGACGGCUACUGAACGCAAUGGUACCAUGCGGAAUCAUGAAUAUUUCAAAUCAGAAAAAUCCUUGAGCAGGGAAAAAAAAAAGGCUUUAGAUUUCUCUAUCCAUGGAGACUUGGAUUUUAACGCUAACAACAGCAUGGCACAUCAUGCGCGCGUCUCUCCAUUCUCAUCCAUUUUGGCCUUCCAUUGUGAUGAAGAAAUGGUUAAAUAUAAAGCCCAAGGUGUACGAUUUUAGUGAAGAUGAAGUGGAGACUGAAACAGAGAGUGAAGAUGAUGCUUACUCCCUUAAAGACUCAAGAAUGUAUGUGCGAGAAGACAUUCCGCAUAGAAGGCAAGAGAGUCAAUCCAUACUUCCAAGUCAAAAGCAAACGUCAGUUCUGAUUUCAGAUACAUCUUCCAAGGGCAACAAGAGGAGACACCGAAGAGGAAAGUCAGAAACUAUGCGAGUUCAGUACAUAAAUACAAAGGAAGUGAGAGUAGCAAUUGGCACUUGGAAUGUCGCUGGAAGAUUUCCACGGGAGGAUCUUGAGAUUGAUGUCUGGCUUUGUACCGAAGAACCAGCAGAUAUUUACAUUCUUGGUUUCCAGGAAGUUGUCCCAUUGAAUGCGGGAAACGUUCUGGGAGCCGAGGAUAAUACACCCAUCUCAAAAUGGGAGGCAAUUAUUAGAAGAACUCUGAACAAAUAUUCAGAACCAGAAAGUAAGUACAAAUGCCUCAGUGCUCCUGCUUCCCCGGUACAAAAUACAUAUAUAGGAACUGUUGACAGUUCUGAGCAGGAACAGCAAGAACUGAAAGAAGUACUAUUUGAGAUAGACCAGAAUCUUGAGUCAUAUGAAAUGUGUGGCAUUGAUCAUCAGACUAAAUUUGAUUGGCCUGAACGUCCAUUAGAUGCAGUCCCCCAAAUAGUUGUUAAUUCAGAUUCAAAAUUGCGAAAAGUGCUAAGCAGCUCAGCAAGAAUUGGAUUUAACGAGGGAGAGAAUGAUUUAGUGUAUGGCAAUGGAAUGGAACGUUCACGCCACAGUUCUGAAAACCUUUGUUCGAUGUGGAAUGUGCAGCAACUCAUUCCCGAAGUGGUCGAUUCCCUAUCUAAUGCCUGUGACACGAUUUCCAAUGAAGAAAAUGACACUCUUGAUGAAUUUCCAAGGAAACUAGAGGAUAAUAGCAUAUACACAAUGAAAUCGUCAUGUCUUAAGUAUGUAAGGAUUGUUAGCAAACAGAUGGUAGGGAUUCAUGUAUCAGUUUGGGCACAGAGUAGUCUAAGAAAGUACGUUAAUAACUUGAAAGUUUCCCCUGUUGGAGUUGGCCUUAUGGGCUACAUGGGAAACAAGGUAUGCAUUACUCAAACUCUCACUAGAGUAGGCAAAAUGUCUCAUUUGAAAUCUAAUUCUCCUUUCAACAGUCAAAUUUUCUGGUUCGGGGAUUUAAAUUAUCGUAUCAAUAUGUGGGAUGAGGAGGUGAGAAAACUGGUGGCUCUGAAGAAAUGGGAUGAACUGAUGAAGAAUGACCAGCUAAGCAAAGAACUGCGAAGUGGGCAUGUAUUCGAUGGAUGGAAAGAGGGAUUGAUAAACUUCCCACCCACUUAUAAAUAUGAGAUUAAUUCAAAUAGAUAUGUUGGUGAUAACCCAAAAGGAAAGAAGAGAUCCCCAGCUUGGUGUGAUCGUAUAUUGUGGCGAGGUAGAGGAAUACGACAACUUUCAUACGGGCGCGCUGAAAUAAACCUUUCAGAUCAUCGACCAGUUAGUUCUAUCUUCUCUGUUGAAGUUGAAGUAUUUGACCAUCGCAAGCUCCGGAGAGCUCUUAAUUUCACUUGAGCAAACGUAUACCCUGAGGUUUUUCCUCGAUGAAGUUGGGGAUUUGUGACACUCUUACUGCGGAUAUGCUUCACCUUUCUUUGAUAGAAACAUUGGUUCACACCAAACAGGUUUCCAGUCAAACAUGAGAAACCCUUCUCUAUGAAGAAGCCCACUGUUCAGAUGAGUUUUUUUUUAUUCCAAAACACAAAAACAGCAAUGAUCACUUAAAUAUGUACUCGCGCGUGAUUUUCCUCCGGUGAAGACAGUAGGAUGCAAGAUUCAAAAGCAAUAAUUCCGAUGCUUGGGCUGUCUGCCUCGGCAAUAAUUCCGACAGGGAGCUUGAAGCCGAAAGCACAAGGACGCACAAUGUAGGCUUUCUUAAUUGGGCUGUUUCCCUCAGUUCUUGUAAAGCCCUUUACUGUCAGCAAAAUUUUUACACAAGCUAUACAUUAGAAUGGAUACUUGCUACCAUUCUAUUUUUGUUUGGAAGUUAUUCCCAUGUUCAGCUGUUUUAGUA